CAUCACCGGAGCUCACUCACUCUCUGCCUCUCUCUGAGUGUGAGGCGGUCUCUCUUUCUCUCUGUGUCUCUCUCUAUCUCUCUGUCUGGACUCUGAGGGAUCGGGAUUUUCUAACCAAAAGUACACAGACCUCAGAGCCACGAGCAUUCACCCUCCACAAAAGGACGUGGGCUGGAUUAUUUCCGUCACUGAAUCCGCUGAAGUUUGAUUCAUAUCUCAACUAAAAUGAAUCUGACACGGAGGAAUGGAGUGCGCAGUUUGUAGCCUAUUUUAGCAAAAAAAAAGGACACAUCCUAAACCAGUCUCGUUUUUGCUCUCAUGGUGAAUCGGUCUAUCAGGAUGAACUUGCAGUGGAGCAGCCCGGCGCCCUGCAUCCGCACCGGGAGAGUCGCGCACAAGCGGCUGGACUCAGACGAUCAGCCGCCGGCCAAAUGCGCCAGGCUGAGCGCCGAGGCGGGGGACACGCAGGGACUCCUCGGCACCUCUCCCGGGUCCCCGGUCAGCCCCGUCUCAACCCCAGUCCCGGCGACCCACCAGGGGCCAUCCAGGAUAGGACCCUUCCUGCUUCUACCUCUGGCUGACCGGGAGAGCGUGCACAGCGCGAUGAACACCGACACUGGCGAUGAGCUGCUGUGCAAGGGUUUUGAUAUGGGGGUGUACCAGGAAAAGAUCAGAGCCUACGGGAUCCUGCCAGCCCACAAGAACGUGGCUGGCAUCAGGGACAUCAUCCUUGGUGAACGCAAGGCCUACGUGUUCCUGGACAAGGACUUUGGGGACAUGCACACCCUGGUGAAGAGCUGCCGCAGGUUGGAUGAGGAGCACGCCUGCAGGCUCUUUCGUCAGGUGGCUCUGGCCGUGGCACACUGCCACCAGGCUGGCAUCGUGCUGGGUGACCUCAAGCUGCGAAAGUUUGUCUUUGCUGAUGAGAAAAGGACACAGGUGAGACUAGAAAGCCUCGAGGACUGUCGAGUCCUAGAAGACCCAAACGACGACUCCAUGUCAGACACCCACGGCUGCCCGGCCUACGUCAGCCCCGAGAUCCUCAGCGGCUCCGCGCCUUACUCCGGCAAGAUGGCCGACAUGUGGAGCUUAGGGGUCAUGCUGUACACCAUGCUGGUUGGCCGCUACCCCUUCCACGACCCGGACCCGGCCAUGCUGUUUUCCAAAAUCCGCCGAGGCCAGUGCUGCUUGCCAGAGGGCUUGUCGCCCAGGGCCAAGUGUCUGCUCCAGAGCCUGCUGAGGAAAGAACCCUGGGAGAGACUCACGGCGAAUGAGCUGCUCACUCACCCAUGGUUCCACCAGCCGCCGUCGUCGCAGGAAAUGGCGCUGGGUGAACAGGAAGUGAGCUCGGCAGAACAGAUGGUGCCAUCCUUUGACGUGGAAGAGGACGAUGAUUUGUUCUGCUGACGGACUCGAUUCAGCUGAUUCUGGCUGAGGGACCAAAACAGAAAUCGCUAUGAGGGAUCCAUUGUUGUUUUGGUUUUGUUUUUUUACAUUGGCACUUUUUAGAACCCCAUUUGUGUACUGUCGAGUGUACAUACACCCUCAAGCUUUCUACAAAAACUUACUGUACUGUAUUUUGUUGUUGUAUAUGUGUUACUUGCUAAGGGCAUUUUUCACAAUGAUCACUCAUUGUGUUUCUAUAUGUACAUUUUUGAAAUUAUUUGGUGCUAAAAGAAAUAACACAGACUCAGAUUUUGCCAGACAAUGUUCACAAAAUAAUCUCUGCAGGCUACUAUGAGUGUAUCACACAAAACGAACCCCCGGCAAACACUUGUCACCGAUACUUGCUCUCAGUCUGGACUCACAAGGCUUCAGAAAGCAUGAGACAAAUCCUGCACAGGAGGCGAAGAGAUGUGAUGUUGUUCCUCUCACUCUCUGACCAGGCUGGAGGCUCCGGCGGCUGACUCACCGACCGGCUUCGAGGAAGGCCUAGCACAAGCUCGACGUCUCGCAGCAGGCGGUGUCAUAGAGUGAGAAAGAUGCUUAGCCGAGGACUGAUGUGUCACACUCAGCGGGGACGCUACGGAGGUGUCUCGCUGCCAAUCUGGCAACGUCUCAGCAAAUGGAGAGCAUUUACAAAUCUCACACCAUGCACAGAAGGUUGAGAAAGGCAGGGUGUUACUGGUGCAACACUCACAGAAAAGUAGGGAGAGUUUGUCACACACACACACACACACACACACACACACUCAACAAUGAGCAGUGGCACUGGCCUAACAGAAGUCAUUGUAAAUGACUAAAACAGAAUCUCAGUUAUUUUCUCAAUUUUAAGGGUUGAAACUAAAGCAUUUGCCUUUUUGUUUUAAAGAUGUGAAACCUUGAUGUAUCAUAUACAGGUUGCAUCAGAACAGGAAAAGUCUUUUAAUAGAUGUGACCUUGCAAAUUUGACUGUGAUCCAUCUGUUCUGAAAUGCCGUGUGUGCAAUUAGCCACAGCUAAACACUAAUGCUUCUGGUGUAAGGUAAACCGCUGAAAGGAACUCUAGUUUCAAACACGUGGUCACAUGCCUUUGCAGCAUCAGAGAUGGUUGGAUAAAUCUUACGCCCAAAGGCAUGCUAAAGCAGGAUUUCAGCCAAAGAAGUAAAAACACACAAAGAAAUCAAAUGAUCCUUCCUACUGACGCAAUUUGAGUUCUCUCUUAAUCCAACAAUGUUUGUAUUUUUUAAAGAAAUGUGUCAAAUAUCCAGUUAAGGAGCCGUCACGUUAGAAAGAAACUCACAGAAAAAUGAAGACUUUCUCAGCAAAGCCCUUUUUGGUCAUUUCUGUUGGAACAUUAUGUCACGCUGUGUUGCUUUAACAAAGCUGAGCCGUGCCGAGUGUUGUGCCCGUAUCACUGUGUUUCAUAAACUGAACGGCUCUGAAUCAGUCACAGUCAGGCGAUAUUUGAUGUUGGUUGUCUGAUGAUGACUCAACACUUGAGCGUGUCUGUAGAGAAUGGUCCUGACCUUGGCUGGAAGAAUCUGUUCUGACUGUUUCACCUCUUUAAUGGUAUUUUUUCAUCCCUUUCCUUUUUUUUCUUCUUUUUUUUCCCGUUAAAAGCUGUGGAUCCAUGGAGACUACUCAUCAUAGUUAGUGACAUGAUGUACCACAUUUAAAAAGAUGUUUCAUCUUGGAUUGUGACAGCACAUGCGGCGCUUCAGUGACGUUUAUCCUUACAGGCUACUGUAGAUCUGCAGCCAGCUAUUUCGCUCUGGCAGAAAUAAUUUCGACGACGGUACUAAAUCUGGCAUGUCUGAGAAGCGCUGUGCAUUAAAUUUUUGGGUCACGCAGCAGGCUAAUAAAACGUCUGUUGCAGUUCUUUAAUUAUUUUCUCUCAUCUGCUCGAGAUACCAGAUGGGAACAGACUCAUGACAAUCUGAAUUGUUCCUCACAGAAGAGUAAUUUAUGAUUUUUUUGUUCCUGGUUUAUACAUGUAGAGUGAGUCACACAUUCAUGUGACACGUAGAGUAAACUGACACGGGUGCACAAACUUCAUAUUGCACUGUGAAUUAUGUAUUUGUGACACAACCUAGAGGCUAUUACUGGUCCAGACAGGUUACACAUGAGAUAUAUUCAUUGUACAAAAGGUGUAAAUAUGUAUAUUUGAAGUAUGUGUGGAGAUGUUGAAUAAAGAUCACAUUUUUUCAUA